GUCCAUCUCGCUGCGGUUGCCAUGGUACAGCCAGAGCGUCAGUGGCUGGACUGAAGGCGUGCAACUAAAAUCACCACAACAUCAGAAAGCUGGUCGUUUCAGGCUGCCAAGGACUGCUUUUACUGCUAAAUAGCUUAUUAUUAAAGAUAUUGCUCCUGUUUGCAAUGACGAUGACACCCUUUCACAAGAAUGUCCAGUAAUAACAUGGAGUCUGAAAUCUUGCUUGAUCCAUAUGAAGACAACAGAGCUGUGAGUCGCCAGUCUGUACAUAGUACAAAGAAAGAUUCACAUUCUAUCAAGAACUACAAGCUUAGCAAUGAAGAAGAAAAACAGGAAAUUGAUAGCCGUUCAAAAACACGGAUUUACCAUUCAGACCCAGACCGUGACCAAAUAUCAGAUGAAGACAGUAGAAGAAGUAAGAAGUCAUAUUACUCGGAUGAUUAUGAUUCCCCAUCAGAGCGAUCUCUCUCACCAUACUCACGAUCCCGCUCUCCAUCCCCAACCCCACAAAGAAAACCAGCCAAAAGGGUGUUGAGUAGCCCUCCCUAUAAGACAGGUGGUGUAGGGCGCAAAGGAGCCCCACGACCUCAGCGAGCUGGUAGACAGUAUGGAUCUCAGCAGCUUCGUAAAGGAGCACAUUCACAAAGCAAAGAGUCCUCUCCAUCCAAAGACCUGGACCUUGUCACAAAACGAAUGCUUUCAGCUCGUCUUUUAAAGAUUAAUGAACUGCGUAAUGCACUUGCUGAGCUUCAACAACACACCAAUGAACUGCAAAAAGAAAACAGAGUACUCAGACAGCUCCAACUACGUCAAGAGAAGGCUUUACACCGUUAUGAUGACACAGAGAGUGAGAUUUCACAGCUGAUUUCCCGACACUCCAACGAGGUGCAUGUGCUGCGUGAGCGGCUCAGACGCACUCAGGAGCGGGAGCGUACAGUGGAGCGUCGUUUGAAGGAGAGUGAAGGGCAGCUGCUGAGGAGUCAGGCCACUGUGGCACGGCUAAAGAAAUUAGUCAACCAGCGAGAUUUGGGACAGAGAGACGAGCUCACUCGGAAACUUGAUGAGGAGAAAGGACUAAGACAGGAAGCAGAACGCAAAAUAAAAGAGUUGGAGCGAAGUGCUGAGCUGAGCGCUGGCAGCUUCCAGAGGCAGCUCAUGUCAGAGAAAAAGAAGGCCAUCAUUGCUCAGGAAGAGGUCAGGACUGUCCAAGAAGAGGUGGAACGACUGACCAACAAACUCAAGGAGAAAGAUCGAGAACUUGAUGCUAAGAACAUUUAUGCUAAUCGUAUGUUAAAGCUGUCACAAAGGAAGGAUACAGAUAGUGGCACCAAACAAAAAUCCCUAAGUAGAAUGAGCACAGUGGCGGUGCAGACUGAAGAUAGACAAGAGUCAUCUAGUCAGGGUUUCCCCACGCCUCCCCCUGCUAUUACUGAUGCCCAUGAAUAUGAUGAAUAUUUGUCACUCAAGGAGCUUAAGAAAGAUGUACAAAGCCAGCACAAACAAUCAAACCAGGGACAAACAGAAGUACAACUACAGGAAAAGACCCAAACUCAACAGGCAAAUUACAAACAACACUUGAGUCAUGAGUCUAAUGUACAUGACGAGCCUCAAAAGACAUUAAAAGAAGAGUGGAAAAAGGAAAUGAAUGGGGAUGUAGCAAGUCCCAUUGACCAAAAGAUAGAUGAAAAAAGUCCAAGGCCUGGUCAUGUACAAGGGGAAGUUCAGAGGCUAAACCAGGAGACUCUUAUCAACCAACAAGCGGCAGAAGAAGCACAUCGCAAGAAAGAGCAUCUCCUGGCCAAGAUGCGUGAAAUAGACCAACAAAAUCAACCCACAAAUGACAAUAUUUUUAAUGAACCAAAAUUGAUAAAUAUAUCUGAGCAGAGUCCAAGCACUUCAGUUUUUAACCUUACACAGACAGAUAAUCUGCCAAAUACAGGUCAUGAAAGUAGAGAGGUGGUGAGGAAAAGAGCAGAGCGAGAGAGUGGAGGUGUUACAACUGGUUUGGGCAGAAGAGCAUUCCGAACGCAAACAUCAACUGAUGACUUGGCUUUCGGCAGCUAUGCACCCUCAUUUGGACAUACAACCUCUCGGGGAAUUUCUAACUUACCUCCAACUCCACCCAAAGAGGAUAAGGGGUCUGCACUUGCUGCUAUAGGGGUUUUUAGCUUCAAGAAAACAGCCACGGACAAAGAAAAGGAUAUUGUGAACAAAAUGGAGAAAGAUAGAAAGUCCAGCCUUAUGCAGCAGCUUUUUGGUAACAUAGCCACAACUGACAAUGUGAAGAACAACAAUAAAGACCUUCUCAGUAGUCCUCCCAGCACAAAUGGAGUCAGGUCUAGAAGGGAAGUGCUGCAUGGUUUACACUCAGGGUCGCACACUCCCCUAACAACAGCCAAAAGCACAAUCCAAAUUGCAGAGACAAAACCAGCUAUCUGCGCCAUUACCUCAUUUGAUGAUGAUAUAGAAGAACUCACACUAUAAGACUCCGCACUAGCAGAUCUGCACAUUCAGGGACCUACUUAUUAUGUAUCAGCAGUUAUGUAUGUGUUAUUUUAGUUAAUUGCCAAACAAGUAGUUGUGGUCUCACUGCAAAGCUCUUAAAUUAAAAUAUGAUAAAUUAAGUUAUCUCUUUAUAACUAUAUUUUGUGUUUGUGUUCUGUCUCUAUAUGUUCAGUGAAUUCUGUUUAUUUUGUGGACUGGAUAAAGUUGCUGAUGAUCUGCCAAAAUUCACCAAAUAGUUUCAGUUAGUUUGGAGCUUUCAUAAAUCUUGUUUUAGACAAUCACCAAAGACAUCAGGUUUGUGUGUAUUAAAUACUUACAAAUGUAUACUAAAAGCACUAUAACACUAUAAUAAAAUGCUAUUAUUUUAUUGUGUUGUUGGCGGUAACAAAUUUGUCAUAAUAUUCUAUAGAAUUUUUGCAUAAAUGAUAUUUAGCUAUCGUGAUCGUGUUUCUACGUGAC